UCUACCAGUUUGUAAGAUUGCAGCGGGCAUUUCUCUGCGAGUACGGACCUAUUGCUAAGUCUGCAGGUCGACAGUGUUCCAGUAUUGUAUGUCGACAGAACGGCAAAGUGCUUUCCUUCAGACGGAAGAUAACGAGUGCAGCUGGGAAGGGAAACAAUUAAUUAAAGGUGUGAAGAAAUCGAGAUGAUCGAGUGGGCCCAGAGGGUGUCGCUGCCAACCAAACCCAUAAGAUGCCGAAGCCAAGGGAUGGGAUGUACCAGCUACUAAUCUGUCAGCUGUGCGCAUCAGUUUCCAACCAUUUUGGGACCGUUUGCUCAGCCCCUCUUCUCGUUCAAUACUCAGCCAGCUGCGCGGAGUGCUCAUUCCCACAUCGCUGAACUGCUCACUGUGAACUGGACCAGCUUCGUGUUCUUCAGCUAGUCAGGCGCUUGCAACUGAGAGGAGUGACUUGCGAGUAAAGAAGAAGCCAACAUGCAGCAAGACAAGGAUGAUGAUGUUGCUCUGGGGGCGAACAAAUACGGAACGCGGUCUGCGCUGGGCACUCAUGCUCCAGUACCGGAAAAGGACUACAGGGAGCCAUCCGUGACGCCCUUUUUCGACGGGGGGGAGCUCCGUCUCUGGUCCUUCUGGAGAGCGGGGAUUGCUGAGUUCUUCGCAACCCUUCUCUUCCUCUACAUCACCAUCCAGACAGUAAUGGGUCAUGUGCGAAACACAGACCCCUGCUUGGGGGUCGGAAUUCAAGGCAUCGCCUGGGCGUUCGGUGGAAUGAUCUUUGCGCUCGUCUAUUGCACAGCAGGAAUCUCAGGAGGACACAUCAACCCAGCCGUGACUUUCGGACUCUUCCUGGCGAGAAAGGUGUCGCUUAACCGUGCACUCUACUACAUGAUCAUGCAAUGCUUGGGUGCGAUGGCCGGAGCCGGAAUCGUGAAAGGCUUCCAGCCUGACUUCUACCAAGCACAAGGUGGAGGAGCGAAUGCUGUCAAUCAUGGUUACACCAAGGGAGAUGGAUUGGGAGCAGAGAUUGUGGGAACGUUCGUGUUGGUCUACACUGUGUUCUCCGCCACCGACGCCAAGCGCAGCGCUCGUGACUCUCAUGUGCCGGUGCUUGCCCCUCUUCCUAUUGGAUUCGCAGUGUUUCUGGUACAUUUGGCCACCAUUCCCAUCACCGGAACUGGCAUUAACCCUGCACGUAGUCUGGGCGCGGCCACCAUCUACAACACGCAGCACAAUGCCUGGGCCGAUCACUGGAUCUUUUGGGUUGGCCCGUUUAUCGGCGCGGCUCUCGCAGCUGCAUACCACACGCUGGUCAUCCGCGCGCUGCCCUUCAGAAAACGGGUGUAACUUCCUGCGGAGGCGAAAUGAGCUUCAACCAGCUGCAACACGUCGGGUUUUUUUUAAUCAAGUGCUCAUGCGUGUGCCAUCCCCAAACUAAGAGUGCUGAUUCGAAGAAGUUAUCAAUACUGCAGCUGCUGUCUACUCGACUUCUGUCAAUUUAGUGCCGCAUUCUUAUGCUUGUGACAAUAUGGCUACGGCGAUCGAGGUGGAUGAGGCAAUCUCGGUUGAGUCAUGGAUUUUCCUUUCUAUGUUCAAUAACAGUGUGUACCAUAAUAUAUGUAGCUACCACAAGCUUCAUGUAGUAGAAAUGUAUUCCGACCAGUGAUAUUGGUCCAUCCUGUGAAGGUUGCGGUUUUUUUAUCUUCCUGUCUGGUUUUCUUAGUGUUAGAGUGACGGUUCAGCUCGUGUCUGGGAACGAGAGGAUGUAACUGCGGAGGGCGCAGUGACUGCUCAUUGUAUUCUCAAAGAACCACUACAACCCUUUUUUCUUUUCGCUAAUCUGGAGAUUCCACCCUUCGCUAUUGCCUUC